UUUUAGGGCAAAAGGACCUUAUAAAACCAAGCUCUGCUUACCAGCAAGGCACCUUCUCUUGUGUUGGGAGCACAGAGAGCCUUUUCAUCAUGAGCUUCACUGGAAAGUACGAACUCCAGUCCCAGGAAAAUUUUGAGCCUUUUAUGAAAGCCCUUGGGCUUCCUGAUGACCAGAUCCAGAAGGGCAAGGACAUCAAGAGCAUCUCAGAAAUUGUGCAGGAUGGGAAAAAGUUCAAGAUUACUGUGACCACUGGCUCUAAAGUCAUGCACAAUGAGUUCACCAUCGGGGAGGAGUGUGAUAUUGAGAUGCUGACAGGAGAGAAAGUCAAGGCUGUUGUUCAGCUGGAGGGUAACAACAAACUGGUCGCAAACCUGAAAGGACUGAAAUCCGUCACCGAACUCAAUGGAGACACCAUCACCAACACAAUGACCAUGGGAGACCUCACCUACAAGAGAAUCAGCAAGAGAAUCUAGAGACCCUGCACACGCCAAUCAUUUUACUGUGUAAAAUGUGUCCAUUAAAGUAAAAUUUGUAUUAAAGGCCUCUUCAUUAUCAUCAA